AGGCGAGCAAACGCCUCUUGCGGCCCGCAGGCUCCGUCGCUCCUCCACCUCUCAUGGCCACCGCCACCGCCACCGCCUCCCGCCUCGCCGUCCUCGCGCCGCGGACGUUGCCGCCCGCGCCGGGGCGCCGGCGGCACGCCCCCGCUCCCGGCUGCGCCCCUUCCCGCCCGCGCGCGCUCUCUGCCGCCCCGCGCGGCCGCGUCCUCUGCCUCGCGGCCCCCGCGCCCGCCGCGGCCUCCACCAUCGACGCCGGCCAGGACCGCCUCCAGAAGGUGCCCAUUUCGAAUAUCAGGAACUUCUGCAUCAUCGCGCACAUCGACCAUGGCAAGUCGACGCUGGCUGAUAAGUUGCUCGAGCUCACCGGAACGGUGCAGAAGAGGGAGAUGAAAGAGCAGUUCCUGGAUAACAUGGACCUGGAGAGGGAGAGAGGGAUCACCAUCAAGUUGCAGGCAGCUCGGAUGCGUUACAUCAUGAAUAAAGAGCCUUACUGCCUGAAUUUAAUUGAUACACCAGGCCAUGUCGAUUUCUCAUACGAGGUGUCCCGUUCUCUAGCUGCUUGUGAGGGUGCACUUCUGGUCGUUGAUGCUUCUCAGGGUGUUGAAGCUCAGACGUUAGCAAAUGUGUAUCUUGCAUUGGAAAACAACCUUGAAAUCAUACCGGUUCUAAACAAAAUAGAUCUUCCUGGUGCUGAACCUGACCGCGUCGCACAGGAAAUUGAAGAGAUAAUUGGUUUGGACUGCAGUGAUGCAAUUCGGUGUUCAGCAAAGGAAGGUAUAGGCAUCAUUGAAAUACUAGAUGCCCUCGUGACCAAAAUUCCCCCACCAAAAGAUACAUCAAAAGAUCCUCUCAGGGCUCUUAUAUUUGACAGCUAUUAUGAUCCAUACAGAGGUGUAAUUGUGUACUUCCGUGUUAUUGAUGGCAGUAUAAAGAAAGGGGACAAGAUAUGUUUUAUGGCCAAUGGAAAGGAAUAUGUUGCUGAUGAAAUUGGUGUGUUAUCCCCAAAUCAGAUGCAAGUGGACGAACUAUAUGCUGGCGAGGUCGGUUAUCUCUCUGCUUCUAUAAGAUCAGUAGCAGAUGCCAGGGUUGGUGAUACAAUUACUCACUAUUCAAAAAAAGCAGCUUCUGCUUUACCAGGAUAUUCAGAAGCCACUCCAAUGGUUUUCUGUGGCUUGUUUCCGAUAGAUGCAGAUCAGUUUGAGGAGUUGCGUGAAGCACUGGAAAAACUUCAGCUAAAUGAUGCUGCCCUAAAGUUCGAACCUGAAUCUUCUAGUGCCAUGGGGUUUGGCUUCAGAUGUGGGUUCCUUGGUCUUCUUCAUAUGGAAAUUGUUCAGGAAAGGCUUGAGAGGGAGUACAAUUUGAACUUAAUAAUUACUGCACCGAGUGUGGUUUACCAUGUGAUCUGUGCAGAUGGUGAAACUGUCGAAUGUUCAAAUCCGUCUUUGCUUCCGGAACCUGGGAAACGGAGGUCUAUUGAAGAACCAUAUGUAAAGAUUGAGAUGCUUACACCUAAGGAUUAUAUUGGCCCAAUAAUGGAGCUGGCUCAAGACAGAAGAGGCGAGUUCAAGGAAAUGAACUUCAUCACAGAAAGCAGGGCCAAAAUUAUUUAUGAGCUACCGCUAGCAGAGAUGGUUGGUGAUUUCUUUGACCAACUGAAAUCUCGAAGCAAAGGAUAUGCUAGUAUGGAAUAUUCACUUGUCGGGUACAGGGAAAGUCAGCUAGUAAAGUUGGAUAUACAAAUCAAUGGUGAUCCUGUGGAGGCGUUGUCGACAAUUGUACACAGAGAUAAGGCAUACUCUGUUGGCAGGGCACUGACGCAAAAACUCAAAGAACUUAUACCUCGACAAAUGUUUAGAGUUCCUAUUCAAGCAUGUAUUGGCACAAAGGUCAUUGCAAGUGAAGCCCUGUCGGCCAUCAGGAAGGAUGUCCUGUCAAAAUGCUAUGGUGGUGAUAUAACAAGAAAAAAGAAAUUGCUGAAGAAACAGGCUGAAGGAAAGAAGAGAAUGAAAGCAAUCGGAAGGGUUGAUGUUCCCCAAGAAGCAUUCAUGGCUGUGUUGAAGCUGGAAAAGGAGGUGCUAUGAAGUAGCUCGUGUAAUCUUUCUGAAGCCUCCUUUCUGCUGUAAAGAUCUCAGCUUGGAAGCGACACACGAUUAUACUCAAGAGUCAGAGUGCGAGAGGUUGCUUUCAACUUGCCAUUCCCCGGACCAAAGAAACCAAUUGAUAUAGAUCAGUGCCAGAGCCAAAGCAGCUGACCUGAUAUUCACCGAUACUGCUUCGAAUGUCAGGUUAUGAAGCACAAAAAAAAAAAAAGCAAAGAAAAAUCACGCAGGACACAAUU